UUCUUCUUACAUGAUUUCAAUGUUGGAUUUUUGAGAUCGGAUCCUGGGCAUUCUUGGAGAACCUCGAAAAAUUCUGAUAUCGUACAAUGCCGUCGACAGUGAUAUCAAACGCAGCUGAUGGCGCUCAAAAUGCCGGGACCAUCUAUGCCAAAGAUGCUGGAAUCACCAUCAAAGAUAGUCGUGACAGUGAUAUUGCUAUCAGUAACAUCUCGAACGAACCAGCACAACACAAACAUCCGUGGCUACACUGGCACGAACCAGGCACCUCGAAAGCGGACAAGAAAUUGAUUUUCAAACUAGACUUUUUCUUGCUCAGCUUCAGUUGUCUCUACUAUUUUAUCAAGCAACUCGAUCAAAACAACAUCUCCAAUGCCUACGUAUCGGGAAUGAAAGAGGAACUCAAGUUCGGGCCUGGAAAUGAACUCAGCUGGAUGAAUACCUAUUUCAACAUCGGCGUUAUCAUUGGCGGACCCAUAUCUAACUUGACCCUAACCAAGGUCAGGCCCCGAUUCUGGCUGCCCGGAUGUCUUCUUGCCUGGUCUUUGUUUGUGCUAGGCUUCUCCAAGUCCACGACCGCCUCGGAAUUCUAUGCUUUGCGGUUCUGUGUUGGUCUUUUUGAGUCUGCAGCCUGGCCGGGCGUUCAAUACGUACUUGGAUGUUGGUAUAAGAGAUCCGAGAUGGCACGCCGUAGUGGUUUAUUCGUGAUAUCUGGAGUACUCGGUCAGAUGUUUUCAGGUUAUUUGCAGUCUGCACUUUACCGGGGCAUGGAAGGAAAGGGAGGAAUGUCAGCUUGGCGCUGGCUUUUUAUCUUUGAUUUCAUUCUGGCUGUGCCGGUCGCUCUUUACGGUCUAUUCUUCUACCCUGAUACACCUCAGAGUACGCGAGCCUUUUAUCUGUCUGAUUCUGAACGAGAGCGUGCAAGGGCCCGAAUUGAAGAAGACGGUCGUGCCCCUGUUGGCAAACUCGAUUUAUCUGUCGUCAGCCGCGUGCUCAAAUCCUGGCAGUUUUACACAUUCACGCUUGCCUAUUGCUUCUGGACCUUGACGGCUGGUUCCUAUGUGAUGCAGUACUUUCAAAUCUGGUUGAAGUCACUAGGCACCUACUCCAUACCCCAGGUUAACAAUAUUUCAACCGGCCUUGGAGCCGUCAAUUUCGUCUUCAUGGUCAGUACCGGUAUCGUCAUUGACAGGCUAGGGAAGUUCAGCCCCGUCUGUUUUGCGGUAGGCUGCCUCUUGACCUUCUGCUAUGCCGUUUUCACUGCGUGGCCUGCUUCGAAAUCUCUCAAGAUGGCUGCGUUCCUGCUUUCAGCUGGUUGGGUUAAUUCCUCAUGUGGUGGCGAUCAGCAACUGCGUGCUUUGACUCUCGCUUUCAUGGUUAGCGUUGGACAAGCUGUGGUGAUUCCUUUUCAACAGUAUCAGCUUCCGAGUGGGCAAGCACCGAAGUUCACUCAUACUCAUGGAUGGGUGAGCGCGUUGUGCUUUGUUAUAGCAUUAACCCUCUGGACUGGAUUUGGAAUUGACUUUGUCAGCCGAGUAUUUGGGAAACGAUCUGAGACCAGGAAUGCUAAGGCGAACGAGGGGGAACUUGAAGUAUCGGCUUAG